AUGGGUAUCCCUACUGAUAUUACGCUCUACACGGUUGCCACGCCCAAUGGCAUCAAGGUUUCCAUCCUGCUCGAGGAGCUGGGCCUUGACUACAAGGUCCAUGCCAUCGACAUGAGCACCAAUAAGCAGAAGGAGCCUUGGUUCCUGGAGAUCAACCCCAAUGGCCGUAUGCCCGCCAUCACUGACAAGUGGGCCGACGGAUCGGACAUUCGCAUCUUUGAGAGCGGUGCCAUCCUGCAGUAUCUCGUGGACCGCUAUGACAAGGACCACAAGGUUUCGUAUCCCAAUGACUCCAAGGAGACCUGGGAGGUGAACAGCUGGCUUCACUUCCAGAUGGGUGGCUUGGGUCCUAUGCAGGGACAGGCACACCACUUUAACCGAUAUGCCCCUGAGAAGAUCCAGUACGGCAUCAACCGCUACACCAAUGAGACUCGCCGCCUCUACUCCGUCCUGGACACCCAGCUGUCCAAGUCCACCUCCGGCUUCCUCGUCGGCGACCGCGUCACAAUUGCCGACAUUUCCUCCUGGGGAUGGGUUGCUUCUCACGCCUGGGCCGGUGUCUCGCUGGACGAGUUCCCUCACCUGGACAAGUGGCUGCACACGCUCCUCGAGCGACCGGGCUUUGAAAAGGGUCGACACGUGCCUAAGCCACACACUGCGUUUGAGCUGGCCAAACUGAGCCCUGAGGAGAUGGACAAGAAGGCGGAGUCGACGAGGAACUGGGUGCAGCGCGGAAUGGCGGCCGAUGCGAAGAAAUGA